GCUCCCAAUAAUGUAUUAUAAUAAAUACGUAAUUCUAAAAUUGAGAUCUAAUUUUUUUUUAAAUAUCAAGAGUUUAAAAAAUUCUUCACUUCCUAGUACAUUGUUAAAUAUUAACAAUAAAAAUUCUAUUUUAUUUCUUAAAAAAAAUUAUUCCAAAAUGUCUAACUCUUCUUAUGCUACUCUUGGUACCUUUAAAUUACCUGAAAUUAAUAAUGAACCUAUGAGAAAUUAUGAGCCAGGUAGUGCGGACCGUACAAAACUUCAAGCUGCUUUGGAAGAAUUAAAAGCUCAAGCUCCAUUUGAAAUUCCAUUAUUCGUUAACGGAGAAAAGAUUUGUACUGGUAAAUUUCAAGAACAAAAAAUCCCAUCGGAUCAUAAAACAAUCCUAGCUAAAGCUCAUGAAGCAGAUACUUCAAUUGUUGAAAAAGCAAUUAAAGGAGCUUUAAAAGCACAAUCAAUUUGGGAAACUUAUCCAUUUAGUGAUAGAUCAGCUAUUUUUUUAAAAGCAGCAGAUUUAGCCGCAGGAAAGUAUAGAUAUAAAUUAUUGGCUGCUACUAUGCUUGGACAAGGAAAAAAUACCUGGCAAGCAGAAAUUGAUUCUGCUGCAGAAUUAAUUGAUUUUUGGAGAUUUAAUGUUAAAUAUGCUCAUGAAGUUUAUCAACAACAACCUUCUAAGAAUUCUCCUGGUGUUUGGAAUCGUGUCGAAUAUCGUCCUUUAGAAGGGUUUGUUUAUGCUAUUACGCCAUUUAAUUUUACUGCUAUAGGUGGUAAUUUACCUAGUGCACCUGCUUUAAUGGGUAAUGUAAUACUUUGGAAACCUUCUCCAGGUGCUUUAUUGUCUAAUUGGAUCGUAUUGGAAAUUUUAAGAGAAGCUGGUUUACCUGAUGGUGUAAUUCAAUUUAUACCUGGUCCUGCUGAACAAAUAACUGAAACCAUCUUUAAAUCUCCUGAUUUCGCUUCUUUACAUUUUACUGGUUCUACUGCCGUAUUUAAAAAAUUAUGGAAAGAUAUUGGCAAUAAUAUUGAUAUUUAUAGAUCUUAUCCUAGAAUUGUUGGUGAAACUGGUGGUAAAAAUUUUCAUUUAUUACAUAAAUCUGCUAAUGUACAAAAUGCUGUAAAUCAAACUAUUCGUGGAGCUUUUGAAUAUCAAGGCCAAAAAUGUUCUGCUUGUUCACGAGCUUAUGUACCUGAUUCUUUAUGGGAUGAGUUCCGUGAACUUUUAUUGCAACAACAUUCUAAGAUUAAGACCGGUCCUCCUGAAGACUUUUCUAAUUUUAUGGGAGCUGUCAUUCAUGAAGCAUCAUUUGAAAAGAUUAAAGGCUACAUUGAUUGGGCUGCUAAAGAUGCUGAUAGUGAGAUAAUCGCUGGUGGUACCUAUAGUAAAUCAAAAGGUUAUUUCAUAGAUCCAACCGUUGUUGUUACUAAAAAUCCGAAAAGUAAAACAAUAGUUGAAGAAAUCUUUGGACCUGUACUUACUAUAUACGUGUAUAAAGCUGAUGAAUACGAAGAAAUUUUAGAUAUAGUUAAUAGUACAACUGAUUAUGCCUUGACUGGUUCCAUAUUUUCAGAAGACCGAUCCGCAACUAUAACGGCAGCAAACAAACUACGUCACGCAUCUGGUAAUUUCUAUAUUAAUGAUAAGUCUACGGGUGCCAUUGUAGGUCAGCAACCUUUCGGUGGUUCACGUUCUUCCGGAACGAAUGAUAAAGCAGGAAGCCCAAGUUUGCUAUAUCGGUUUGUAUCCAUGCGCACUAUUAAAGAAAACUUUAUUAAUAUUGAAGACCAUAUAUACCCAUCAAAUCUUGUUUAAUAAACCUAU